UUUUAAUUUGUAAAACAUUAAAAUCUUAUCAGAGUAAAUUAACUUAGUAGGUCAUUAAAAAUCUCAGUUUAGUCUAUUGAACAAAUGUGUCCUCCAUCCAACACAGCAUUUACAAAAACAUUUUAUCCUGGCUUGAAAAUUCACAAUUCUGUUUUUGAGGGCGGUCCUGGAAAAAACCACACCUCUACACCUGUGACAACUAAUCCUGUUCGGUAGGAAAAGCAAAUAAUCUGUCUAGAAAGGAAAUCUAUUACAGUACAAGCCAAAUGAGAAUAAUCUCCGAUGCCUUAGAGUAGUUGUGUUCAGAACCAUUGUCACUUACAAGAUGCAGCUGUACACUUGAAGCUUUUCCCAUUCUCACAUCCAGGAUGGCUGUUAAGCCAAAAACUGCUAUUACCCUGCUUUGUGUUACCACCAUUGGUUUGGUUGUUUUAAGACUUGCCUCUUUGGAUUGCAGUGGAUAUUUACAGCUUUGGGACCAAAGCUUCUUUGCUUGUGCUUCUGAUGGAAAUGAUAAUGUGCUAUUUGUUCGCCGUCUCAACCGGUCAAUUGAACCAUUUUUGUCUGCAAAGACAAAGCUCUCAGAGGAGACUUUUAAUUGGUGGAAGCGCAUACAGAUUGAACAACGUAACUUCACUUUCUAUAAAGCAACAGUGAGCAAACUAUUUGAGAUAUUUCCACCUGUUAUUGAUCUUGGGAAAGCCUGUUCUGCCAGGUGUAGGACUUGUGCAGUGGUUGGAAAUUCUGUUAACCUUAAAGGAUCAAGUUAUGGACGUUUGAUAGACUACCAAGAUAUUGUUAUAAGAAUGAACUUUGCUCCAGUCAAAGGCUAUGAAAAAGACGUUGGGACCAAAACAACUUAUCGUGUCAUGUACCCAGAGAGUGCCAUGGAUUUAGAUAACUCCACUCAUCUUGUGCUGUUUCCAUUCAAAAUACAAGACCUUGAUUGGCUUAUCAAAGCCUUUACAACAGGAUUUUCUGGGAGAUCAUAUGCACCAUUAAAAUCCAAAAUUAAAGCCAACAAAGAUUUGGUGAAGGUGAUCAACCCAGCUUUUAUGAAGUAUUCGCAUAAGGUCUGGCUAGAGGGUAAAGGAACCUAUCCAUCCACCGGCUUUAUGACUUUGAUUCUUGCGCUUCAUGUUUGUGAUGAGGUCCAUGUAUUUGGUUAUGGAGCAGACAGUGAUGGAAACUGGAGCCAUUACUUUGAAGUACUGACAAACAAAAAUCUUAAGACGGGACCACAUCCUGGACAUCAUGAAUAUAAUAUACUGCAACAGCUGGCUAAUGAAAAAACAGUGCAGCUUUAUAAAGGGAUGUGAGGGGUUGAAAGCACUUUACUGUUUUUAUAAACAAAAAAAUGUCAAUGUCAGUCACUGAAGACAGUAUUGUCUCAAUCACAGCAUUUUAUGGCAAAGUGAAAAUAUCCUGCUUUUCUUUUUAAAUUGGUAGCUGCUGUGUCUGUGAGAAACAACAUUGACAUAUCUUACCAGCUGAACUAUCAAAGAGUCAUAUGAAAACAGAGUAAACAUGCUAACCUUGGCCUAGCGCCUUAAGAAACUGCACAACUUGAAAACAUCAUCAUCUGGUACAAGACAUGGGUUUACUCAAGACUGAGGGUGUUGAGUCAGACAUAUGUAUAAAAGAACAAAUGGUAAAGCUGUGCAUGUUUUGUGUGACAUGUUGUCAGAGUACUUUACUCUAACAGCUUAUCAGACAACACAAGCAUGCAUGACAUAAUGUACAAUGAAUGUCUUAAUCAAGUAACAAAGUUGGACCAGUAAAUUUAGGCUCUCAUGCAGAAAGUUUGGUUGAGACAAAGGAACAUAUAUUUCUCAAAUAAAGCAGAUAAUAAACUGUAGCUCCGUGAAAUUGGUGUAUAUGUUACCUCCAAUAAAUUAUUUUUUAUCACGA